UGUGUAUUUAAAAAGGCAUCAUGGGCCGCUGAGCCUCAAAGGCCCAAAAAGUUGGCGCGUUCCCUUCUGCUUGUCCCUGUUUCCCAGCGUUGCCCUCCGUUUCACUCCCCCUUCCACUUUAGGCGCCGCCUCUCGACCGAAUCGAGCUGCUUCGAGCCACGGCAAUGUCGCGGCGAAGCGCUUUUUACUUCGCGAAGAGCUUCUCCUCUCGCCGCGGCGCGAUCUCCCCCUCCUCCUCCUCCUCCUCCUCCUCCUCCUCGGAGAUCUCGGAGCAUGGACGGGGCCUCGCCGUCGCCGGAGACGACGAGGGUGCGGCGGCGGAGGAGGGGCGGUGGGCGAGGAUGCUCCCGGAGCUACUGCGGGAGAUCAUAAGGAGGGUGGAGGCGAGCGAGGAGCGGUGGCCGCUGCGGAAGAGCGUGGUGGCGUGCGCCUGCGUGUGCCGGAGGUGGCGCGAGGUCGCCACGGCCGCGGUGGCGCCGCCGCGGAUCACCGGAAAGAUCACGUUCCCUUCUUCCCUCAAGCAGCCGGGUCCGCGGGAACUUCCGAUCAAGUGUUUUAUAAAGAGGAGCAAGAAGAACUCCACUUUCUAUCUCUACCUCAGCUUGACCCACACACUUGUAGAUAAAGGAAAGUUUCUCUUGGCAGCUCGGAGAUAUAGGUAUGGCGCCUAUGUUGAGUACAUAAUCUCUCUUGAUGCUGAUGAUCUGUCGCAAGGAAGUAGCGCAUAUAUGGGGAAGUUAAGGUCAAAAGCUAUCUUUUCUCUUUCUUCUCACAGAUCAGAUUUCCUGGGCACAAAAUUCACAAUUUACGACAGCAACCCACCAUUCAGUGGUGCAAAAGCCUCGUGUACCCGAGCUAGUCGUCCAUUUGCCUCCAAGCGGAUAAGCCCACAACUCCUAUCUGGAAAUUUCGAAAUCGGUCAGGCAUCUUACAAACUGAACCUCCUGAAAUCAAGAGGGCCUCGAAGAAUGCUGUGCACACUACAAUCUCCUUAUUCAGCCCACAAACCUUUGGGCAAGGAAGAACCACAUAAGUUCUCAAAAGCAGAAAACCUGGAUUCCGGCUUCAUAGUUCUGCGGAACAAAGCUCCGAGAUGGCACCAGCACUUACAGUGCUGGUGCUUGAACUUCCAUGGACGGGUCACGGUUGCCUCGGUGAAGAACUUCCAGCUGGCGGCCACGGCCGACCCGAGCCAAGAAGGUGGCGUGGGUGACGAAGAGACCGUGCUGCUCCAAUUUGGUAAAGUCGGGGACAAUUUGUUCACCAUGGAUUACAGGGAGCCGCUCUCAGCUUUCCAGGCGUUUGCAAUUUGCCUAACCAGCUUCGGCACGAAAUUUGCCUGCGAGUAAAGCGUUCACUUGCUAGUCGUUUUGCUUGUGGUGCUUUUAUGCUGCUGUGGCACUGAUGUUGGGAGAUAGGUAUUUCGCUAUCUUGCUAUGUAUCUUACACUAAUCGCGUCGAAAGUGUUAACAACUGUGAUAAAUGUAGACUCUAAGCUACCAUAAAGAAAUGAAAAGAACAUCUAUCAUAUGCUUCUUUUGCGCGGCAACAAACACAUCCCCCCAGCGAAUACUAGAAAAUCAACAAGGUUUCCUGACUGGCCAUGGUUCUCGCCAUGAGAAAAUCCUGAUGUGCGCUUCGGGAAGGUGUUUGUUGACGCGUAAAGAAGUGUUAGUAGUUCUUGUAUUUAGUCCAUCUUUAUCAUAUUA